AUGCCCGCCCCCCGGUCCCGCCCCCCUCCUCACGUCGCCGGUGACUACAAGGUCAUCGACCACGAGUAUGACGCCGUCGUCGUCGGUGCCGGUGGUGCCGGUCUCCGCGCUGCCUUCGGUCUGGCCGAGGGCGGUCACCGCGUUGCCUGCAUCACCAAGCUCUUCCCCACCCGCUCGCACACUGUUGCCGCCCAGGGUGGUGUCAACGCCGCUCUCGGCAACAUGACCGAGGAUGACUGGCGCUGGCACAUGUACGACACCGUCAAGGGGUCCGACUGGCUCGGUGACCAGGACGCCAUCCACUACAUGUGCAAGGAGGCCCCGAACACCGUGAUCGAGCUCGAGCACUACGGUGUCCCCUUCUCCCGCACCCCGGAGGGCAAGAUCUACCAGCGCGCUUUCGGCGGGCAGAGCCUCAACUUCGGCAAGGGGUCCCAGGCGUACCGCUGCUGCGCGGUGGCCGAUCGCACCGGGCAUGCCAUCCUCCACACCCUCUACGGCCAGGCCGUCAAGCACAACACCAAGUUCUUCAUCGAGUACUUCGCCCUGGACCUGAUCAUGGACGACUCCGGCGCCUGCAUCGGUGUCAUCGCCAUGAACAUGGAGGACGGCAGCCUGCACCGCUUCCGCGCCAACAACACCGUCCUGGCCACCGGUGGCUACGGGCGUGCCUACUUCUCCUGCACCUCGGCCCACACCUGCACCGGUGAUGGUGGUGGUAUGGUCACCCGCGCUGGCCUGCCCCUGCAGGACCAGGAGUUUGUCCAGUUCCACCCGACCGGUAUCUACCGCGCCGGGUGCCUCAUCACCGAGGGUUCCCGCGGUGAGGGUGGCUACCUGACCAACUCCCUGGGUGAGCGCUUCAUGGAGCGCUAUGCCCCCACCGCCAAGGAUCUGGCCUCGCGCGAUGUUGUCUCCCGCGCCAUGACCAUCGAGAUCCGCGAGGGUCGCGGUGUCGGCCCCAACAAGGACCACAUCCACCUGAACCUGCACCACCUGCCGAAGGAGCUGCUGGCCGAGCGCCUGCCGGGUAUUUCCGAGACCGCGGCCAUUUUCGCCGGUGUCGACGUCACCAAGGAGCCGAUUCCCGUCCUGCCGACCGUGCACUACAACAUGGGUGGCAUUCCCACCAACUACCACGGCCAGGUGAUCAACAACAAGGACGGCAAGGACACCGUCGUGCCCGGCCUCUAUGCCGCCGGUGAGGCGGCCUGCGUGUCCGUGCACGGUGCCAACCGUCUGGGUGCCAACUCCCUGCUGGACAUCGUGGUCUUCGGUCGUGCUUGUGCCCUGCACAUUCGCGACAACCACAAGCCCGGCGAGGCGCUGUCUCCCCUGCCGGACACCGCCGGCGAGGCCUCCAUCGCCAACCUGGACCACCUCCGCUUCAAGGAGGGCACCCUCUCGACCGCCGAGAUCCGUGGCAACAUGCAGCGCACCAUGCAGCUGGAUGCCGGUGUCUUCCGCACCCAGGAGACCCUGGCCGAGGGUUGCGAGCGCAUGGACGAGAUCAACACCACCCUCAAGGACGUCUACAUCAAGGACAAGGGUGUCGUCUGGAACACCGACCUGAUCGAGACCCUGGAGCUGCAGAACCUCAUGCUCAACGCCGUGCAGACCAUCUACGCCGCCCGCGAGCGCAAGGAGUCCCGCGGUGCCCACGCCCGCGAGGACUUCCCCGAGCGUGACGACGCCAACUGGAUCAAGCACACUCUCUCCUACACUUGCCCCACCACCGGCAAGACCAAGAUCUGGUACCGCGAUGUCACCAAGACCACCCUCGACGAGGAGGAGUGCAAGCCCGUGCCCCCGGUCAAGCGUGUCUACUAA